GUACCGACUCUCAUUUUCUCUCUCUUCUACCAUAUUCCCCCCCCCUCAAAGUUCAAACCAUCUCUUCAAUCUUCAUUGACCAUUAGUCCAAAUUACACUCUAAUCUUCCACAAAUUUCACCUGCAUUUUCCUUGCUCAAUCCUUUUCAUCAAGAACUAGAUCAAUUUCUCAACACUUACCUACAAUUCUGCAAAAUUUGUCAUUCUCUGCAUUAUUUCCAGUUAACUAUUGAUGUUAUAAUUUGAAUUUUUUGUCGAGUGAGCUGAAAGCAAUAAUAAUAUCAGCUUGUUCGAGUUUCUCAAACUUAUUUCGCUUGUUUGACGCUGAUGAGGAACAUACAUUGUUGAUUCUACUUAUUUGGAUAGAUCUUGAAGUGAAAUGAACAAAAAUUGUUCGAGAUUUUUCAUUUUGGCGUUGUAGAUUUUAGGGCUUUUUGGGUUAUAAUUCAUGGCGACUAAACGUGCUUAUAAGCUACAGGAGUUUGUAGCACAUACAUCGACGGUGAAUUGCUUGAAAAUUGGGAGGAAAUCGUCCAGGAUUUUAGUCACUGGAGGAGAGGAUCACCAAGUUAAUCUUUGGGCUAUUGGGAAACCUAAUGCAAUAUUGAGUUUGUCGGGUCACACAAGUGGAAUUGACUCAGUAAGCUUUGAUUCUUCAGAAGUUCUUGUUGCUGCUGGAGCAGCUAGUGGAACAAUCAAGCUUUGGGAUUUAGAAGAGGCAAAGAUUGUUCGAACACUUACGGGCCAUAGAUCCAACUGUAUAUCUGUGGACUUCCAUCCUUUUGGAGAGUUCUUUGCAUCUGGAUCUUUGGACACAAAUUUAAAGAUAUGGGAUAUUAGAAGGAAGGGUUGCAUUCACACUUAUAAAGGCCAUACUAGAGGUGUCAAUGCCCUUAGAUUCACGCCUGACGGGCGCUGGGUUGUAUCUGGCGGUGAGGACAACACUGUCAAGCUGUGGGACCUUACAGCCGGAAAACUAAUGCACGAUUUUAAGUCUCAUGAAGGACAGAUUCAGUGCAUAGAUUUCCAUCCACAUGAGUUUCUUUUGGCAACAGGUUCUUCUGAUAAAACGGUGAAAUUCUGGGACCUUGAGACUUUUGAGCUUAUUGGAUCAGCUGGACCUGAGACGUCUGGAGUACGCUGUGUAGCUUUUAAUCCUGAUGGGAGGACCCUGCUUUGUGGACUGCAAGAAAGCCUAAAGGUUCAGUCUUGGGAACCUAUUCGUUGCCAUGAUACAGUAGAUGUUGGAUGGUCUAAGUUGUCGGAUUUAAAUGUUCAUGAGGGAAAGCUUCUUGGCUGCUCCUAUAAUCAGAGCUGUGUUGGAGUUUGGGUAGUGGACAUAUCACGAAUAGAACCUUAUUCUGCUCGGGCGCGCUCCAAUGGGCGUUCCGAACUGAAGUCUAUUUCGAUUGGAAAUUUGCCAGCACAAAAUGAAAGCACUGCUAAGGUUGGCGCAGGCAGGCUAUCAACGUCGCAGAAUACAGAUUUGGUAGAAAAAGAGACAAAACCUCCGGGAAGGCUUCUAGUUCCAGUGAACUCUAAUCAAAUCAAUAAAGAAUCCAAUGUUUCAUCAGAUCAUAUUGGCAUACCUGGGACUCCUCAACGGAUCAAUCCAAGCAUUAGUCCGAGGAAUACCCUGUCGUCAAAUGCAGUAGUUCUAAAACGAAUUUCCUCAAAAUCCCAAUCAACAACAAUGGUUUCAACAAACUGUAAAGCUGAUGUUGCACCCAUAAUUGUCCCUAGAGAUGAUGUAAGACUAGAGCAAAUUGAAUCCAAGAGAGAAGCUUUUUCCAAAAGAAAUAAUUUUCAUCCUUCUCAGCUCAAGACAGCUGAUUUCAGACGGUUUGUAAACGCAAAUGAAAAAUCUGAUGGCUCAAUUAUCACUAUGCAACCUGAAAUGACAGGCAUAAUGGCACCAGAAAUGAGUGGAGUUGUAAAUAAGAGUUCAAUGAAGACUGAAUCUAAUUCCUCGUCGCAACCAGUUACCAGCUCCCCGCUUGACAAUUUUGAAAUUCGGGUGCCUAAAACAAGGAAAGAUGCUCGUUCCACAGAAAUUCAACGAGCUGGAAGAAGCCCUUCAUUGGUAGCAAACUGGGAGAAGAGAGAAAGAUCACCCCCUUCUGAAGGUCCUACUACAAGCAGUACUUCCAAUGCAAGCAAUGUUGUUCACUCACAGCCUAAUAUUAUGAAAUCCAAGUCUUGUGGAUAUUCAUUGUCUGCUGAAAAAGACACGACAUCAGUUACAGAUGAUGAUAUUAUUGCCCAGAUAAUUGGAAGACAUGAUCAAUUUCUUGGUUCUAUGCAUUCACGUUUGGGUAAAUUACAGGCUGUGCAUAGAUUUUGGGAUCACAAUGAUGUAAAAGGGGCAAUUGGGGCUAUGGAGAAGAUGGCUGAUCAUAGUGUCAUUGCCGAUGUAGUUAGCCUUUUGACUGAGAAAACAGACAUUGUCACAUUGGAGAUUUGUACGUGCCUCUUGCCGCUACUUGCAGCUCUUCUUGGUAGUGACAUGGAUAGGCAUAUAGGUAUUUCACUUGAUAUGCUGGUAAAGCUGGUGAGAGUAUUUGGUUCAGUCAUCUAUUCAGCUGUAUCAACAGUGUCAUCUUCAGUGGGUGUAGAUAUUGAGGCAGAGCAAAGGCUGGAGCGCUGCAACCUUUGCUACAUUGAACUAGAGAGGGUUAAGCUAUGCCUACCAGCACUCAUGAGAAGAGGGGGCUCAGUAGCAAAGGCUGCACAGGAGCUGAAUUUAGCGCUAAGUGCUUCUUGUGAAUGAUGACAGAGGUUGAGUUUCAUUAUGGAGGAGAUCCAACCUUAUCUGACUGUAUUUAAUUAAUUGAUGAACUUGCUGCACCUGAUCGGUACUCCAAGUCAAAAAGCACAAAUAUGCAGUGCGGUGAGGCUGCGUGUGCUGUGCUUUGUGUAUUAAGGCCCAUGCGCCCAUGCUAACUGAAAGCAAUAACCUAUGUUGUUAAUACUUCAUGGCAAGUGAAGACAGAAAGCCAAAUUAGUGAGAACACCUGCUUGUCUAGCUUUAACUUUCAAGAGUCUCAGUGUAACCACUGCUCCAUUAAUCCUUGUGGAGCAAACCUAUGGGUAUUUAGCCAUCUCUAACCGGAAUUGUAUGCCACAUACUGUAAACGGUGCUUUCAUGAGUGAAGAGAUGUGGUAAUCUUUUCCCAUUUGUGUACCAAGAAGGAUGUUGUUUCACUCAGAAAUGAUAAUUUUCAAUAUGCUUGAAUGUCUCAGUUUUGUCAUGCAAACCUGGAAUAUCGUACUACCACCCGAGUUUGAUGUAUUAGUUGGGGGUUUCUUGACUGCGCGCAUCUCUCCUUACUCAUUUCUUGGGGGAACGGGUAUAAUUUGUCCGCAUCUUUCAGGAAAAAGAAAAAUCCUUCAUCCGGACCCUGCCUUGUGCAGGAUACUGAGAGUGUCUUUUACCUUUACAUGAGUUUGAUGUAGUAGUAGUUGAUAGCUCUUUCAUAUUUUCUAUUGUUCUGAAGAAUCUUUUUCAAUGUGUCCUAGGAAAUGUAGGAACAGCAGAAAAAAAAAAAUUAUUACUCAAAUUACUUUGGCAGUCUGUUUUCUAGAACACUCCAUUCAUAGCAUGGGAGCGAGCAAGUGUGCCUUGUUUAUAUAUAAUUGUAUGGCUAGAAACGGAGAAAACCUUGCACAAUAUCG